GCCGGGAGGCCGGGAGGCCGCCGCGCUCGGUCUCCGCGGCGCUCGGACCGCAGUCCUCGGGCGCCGCCGCAGCGGAGACGCGACCCGCCCGGCCGCCUUUGUCCGGGCUCCGCGCGGCCUGCUGCCGCUGCCCCCGCGGCGGAGCCGAGCGCACCGCCCGAUGCCCCCGCAGCAGGGGCACCCCGCGUUCCCCGGGCGCUGCGAGGCGCCGCCCGUGCCGCCGCGCCGGGAGCGCGGGGCGCGCGGGGGUCGCGGGCCUGGGGCGCCGGGGGCCCGGGGGCGCGCGGGCGGCGCCGAGGGCCGCGGCGUCAAGUGCGUGCUGGUCGGCGACGGCGCGGUGGGCAAGACGAGCCUGGUGGUGAGCUACACCGCCAACGGCUACCCCACCGAGUACGUGCCCACCGCCUUCGACCGCUUCUCGGCUGUAGUGUCUGUGGAUGGGCGGCCUGUGAGACUCCAGCUCUGUGACACUGCAGGACAGGACGAGUUUGACAAACUCAGGCCUCUCUGCUACACCCACACGGACAUCUUCCUCUUGUGCUUCAGUGUCGUGAGCCCCUCAUCGUUCCAGAACGUCAGUGAGAAAUGGGUGCCGGAGAUCCGAUGCCACUGUCCCAAAGCCCCCGUCAUCCUCGUUGGGACUCAGUCGGACCUCAGAGAGGAUGUCAAGGUCCUUAUCGAGUUGGACAAAUGCAAAGAGAAGCCAGUGCCUGAAGAGGCGGCUAAGCUGUGUGCUGAGGAGAUCAAAGCCGUCUCCUACAUCGAGUGUUCGGCCUUGACUCAGAAAAACCUCAAAGAGGUCUUUGACACGGCUAUCGUUGCUGGCAUUCAGUACUCGGACGCCCAGCAACAGCCAAAGAAGUCUAAAAGCAGGACUCCAGACAAAAUGAAAAACCUCUCCAAGUCCUGGUGGAAGAAGUACUGCUGUUUCGUAUGAUGCUGGCAGGAAAUGCAGGAAGGCUAUUUUCAGAUGAAAUUGAUAUUAGAAGCUAUAUUAGCUGAUGCGACUCCUUUGACUGUGUAGAACCUGUACAGAGAACCUAUUACAGGCAGAGGUCUCCAUUUACAGUCUUUCUUGCCUUUGAUUUUCUUGUUCUUUGAGCUUAGGGUUGAGAUACUUUUUUGCAAGAUGUUCUUGAAGUAAAUGAAGCAUUUUUCAUCCCUGAAAAUGUGUGGCUCUAGACUUCUGUAUUAAUUUAUAUCUAAUAUGAAAAAGACCCCUCAGAUAUGGGUGUCAGGAAUGAAGUUUUGCUACAGAAGAGCAACAGAAGAAAUGGCGUGGUCAACCCUCCCUCACUUGCAUUAAGGGCUCUUUAAUGCAAGUUCAUUAUGUACUCAGGCCAGCUAUGGUAAGAACAACUCUUAGCUUUGAUACCCCACACUUAAAAAAAAUUUUUUUAAGGAGGAAAUACUUGAGAGAAAAUGAGAGGUGUCUGCUUACAGAACCUCAAAUCAAUCACUCUUGUCAUAUAUGGAUAUGCAGCUGCUUAAGAUUUAAAAACAACCAACAGCAAAGAAAAAUCCCAUUAAGUCUAUGCAUUGUGUGGACCAAAAAGAAAAAAAUUGUUUAUGGGGUUUUUCAUUCUUAUACCAGCUGUGGUUGACACUGUAUAAGCGUAGCUCCAGCACCAUCCAUAGGGAAUAAAACCACUGCUAAUCAUUAGCUCUUCAGUUUUCCCUGCGGAUUCGUGUUGAGAUCAGAAUGUUACAUUUGCUGUCAGCCCACAUGUACCGAUCUGCCUAAAUCCCCGGUAAGUAGAGCACCAGGGCUCACCGAUCUGAAUUGUUUUCAAACUUCCACACUUAAAUUGUCCCAUCUGCAGAGAAGUGAAACACUCUUGAAAGGCCUGCAGCGAAAUGUUUGUGAACUUAAAAUGUACUUUUUUCCUGAAGUUGGCCGAAAUCUACUGCUUUGUACACACACACACACAUACAUAUGUAGAUAUAGCUGUAUUUGUUGCUGACUUAGACUUUUAAACAGUUUAUGGGAAAAAGCAUAACCACCAAAACAAGUGAGGGAAGUUUGGCUUCCUCUUUCUGUUAACACUCUUUUGAAUAGCUCUCUUUUUGAUUACACCCUAGAUAUGAUUUUAAGUAUAUCUUAGCACAUUUUUGAGAGCAUCUUAAAAUGAAACAUGAACAUCUCUUAAAGCCUGUUUUAAAAGGAAUGUCUCUUGAAACCAGUUAAAACAACCAGUCAAAUCCACAGAUGCCUUUCAGAGAGCUUGCAGCAGAAACCAGCUGAAUGUCACAGGGGGUCAUGGGGCCUGCUGCGGCCGUCCAAGAGCCCGGUGUAUGUAGGGACCCAGUCAGAAAACUGCACAUUUGUGAGACAUUCAUGUUCUCCCAGGUGGCAGUUUUUAGGGCUUAAUCUUCUAGAGGAAAAAGUGCCAUAUCAUGAGAAUAGUUUUACUGUGUGACGGUUUACUUCUGAAGUGCCAGAAGGUAGCCUAAUGCAUUAAAUCGUAAUGUCAGGCUUGCAGUGGGUGAAGCAGAUUUACCAAAAUCAAUUCAAUAACUAGGAAAAUCUCUGUAGAGCCAGCAGAUAAAAGACUUUCACCUUUCUGUGGGUCUUGCUUUGUCUUUUUUAUAUUUAAGAAAGACCAGUUUGUGUUUUUCUAUAGAAAAAGUAAAAGAUCAGGUUAUACUUUAGAUUAAGGGUUUCUUGUAUUUCUGUUAGUAAAUAAAAUUAACUAAUAUUCUUGUUCAAAAAUUAAAA